GGAUACGGUCAUGACAUCUGAGUAAAACUGCAGAGAUGGCUGCAGGAGGAUCAUCUACUGACGUGAGGAUUGUGCUGCUGGGGAACAGAGAAGCUGGGAAGAGUUCAGCAGGAAACACCAUCCUGGGCAGAGAGGAGUUUGACCCUGAUGUGAGAACACUGCAGUGUGUGAAGAGACAGGGAGAGGUAGCAGGGAGACAGCUCACUGUGGUGGACACUCCAGGAUGGGAGGGUUAUAGGGAUGAUUUGAAUGAAGAUUCUCCUAACCUCCUGAAACAGGAGAUUGUUCUCAGUGUGACUCUGUGUCCUCCAGGACCUCAUGCCUUUCUGCUGGUCAUCCAUGAGAACAUGACCUUCACAGAGGCAGAGCGGGAUGCCACAUCAAACCACCUGAACCUUCUGGGCCAUGGAGCCUGGAAACACUCUCUGGUUCUGUUCAUUCAGGAGACUCCUGCAGAAAAAAAACACUUUGAGGUUAAAGGGAAAAUGCUAAAGUCACUUGUAAGGAAUUGCGGAGGUGCACUGCUUCCAGAACUCAGAAUUGUGCUUCUGGGAUUUAAAGAUGCUGGGAAGAGUUCAUCAGGAAACACCAUCCUGGGCAGAGAGGAGUUCCAGCCUGGACAGAGAUCUGCUGUUUGUGUGAAGAGACAGGGAGAAGUAGCAGGCAGACAGGUCACUGUGGUGGAGGCUCCAGGAUGGUGGAGUUAUUAUAAGGUUGAGAAUAGUACUGAAAUGACUAAAAGAGCUAUUCAGCUUAGUCCAGGUUUGUGUGACCAGGGCCCCCAUGUGUUUCUGCUGGUCAUACGAGCAGACAGAUCAUUUACUGAAGACCAGAGAAUAUCAGCCCAGCAACAUUUGGACCUUCUUAGUGAGAAAGUCUGGAGUCACACCAUUGUGCUGUUCACCCAUGGAGACUGGCUGGGAGACACAACCAUAGAGCAGUACAUUGAGAGUGAAAGAGAGAGCCUUCGUUGGCUAGUUGAGAAAUGUUGCAACAGAUAUCAUGUUGUUAAAAAUGAAAAUAGGACUGAUAUCAGUCAAAUCACAGAUCUCCUAGAGAAGAUUGAGGAAAUGGUUGCAGGUAACAGCAGCUGCCACUAUCAGAUGGACAGCAAGAGACUGGAGGAAAUACAAGAAAGGAUGAGGAAAGAGGAUGAGAGGGCAAAAGAGAGAAUGAUGACUGUGGAAAAGAAAAGACAACACCUUCAGUCACUGAAACAAGAAUCGACUCCCUUAUCACAGUUCAGAGUUGUGCUGCUGGGACACAGUACAUCUGGGAAGAAUUCAUCUGGAAACACCAUCCUGGGCAGAGAGGAGUUUGACCUGAAGAGAAGAACAGCUCAGUGUGUGAAGAGACAGGGAGAAGUAGCAGGCAGACAGGUCACUGUAGUCAAGGCUCCAGGAUGGUAUAGGUAUCACAACCUCAAAGACACUCCUGAGCUCACUAAAGAGAAGAUUGUGCUCAGUGUGUCUCUGUGUCCUCCAGGACCACAUGUUGUCCUACUUGUCAUAGAUAUUGAUGAUUCUUUCACAAUUGAAAAAAGAAUGAAUAUUCAGGAACACCUGGAGUUGCUCGGUAGUGUUGUCUGGAGUCACACCAUGGUGUUGUUUACCAGUGGAGAUUGGCUGGGGAACACAACCAUUGAGCAGCACAUAGAGAGUGAAGAAGCCCUACAGUGUCUAGUAGAGAAAUGUGGGAACAGAUAUCAUGUCAUCAGCAAUAAGAAUAGGACAGGCGAUCAGGUCUCAGAGCUGCUUGAGAAGGUAGAAGAGAUGGUAGCAGGAAACAAAAACUGUCCCUUUCAGAUGGACAGACAGAGACUGGAGGAAGUGAAGGAGAGGAGGAGGAAUGAAGAACAGAGAGCAACAGAGAGACUGAUGAAGAUGGAGAAGCAAAGACAACACCUCCAGUCACUGAAGCGGAACUCAUCCCCACUGUCAGAGUUCAGAGUUGUGCUGCUGGGAUACAGAGGAUCUGGGAAGAGUUCAUCAGGAAACACCAUCCUGGGCAGAGAGGAGUUUGACCUGAACAGAAGAACAGCUCAGUGUGUGAAGAGACAGGGAGAAGUAGCAGGCAGACAGGUCACUGUAGUCAAGGCUCCAGGAUGGUAUAGGUAUCACAACCUCAAAGACACUCCUGAGCUCACUAAACAGGAGAUUGUGCUCAGUGUGUCUCUGUGUCCUCCAGGACCACAUGCUGUCCUACUUGUCAUAGAUAUUGAUGAAUCUUUCACAAAUAAAAAAAGAGUGAAUAUUCAGGAACACCUGGAGUUGCUCGGUGGUGUUGUCUGGAGUCACACCAUGGUGUUGUUUACCAGUGGAGAUUGGCUGGGGAACACAACCAUUGAGCAGCACAUAGAGAGUGAAGAAGCCCUACAGUGUCUAGUAGAGAAAUGUGGGAACAGAUAUCAUGUCAUCAGCAAUAAGAAUAGGACAGGUGAUCAGGUCACAGAGCUGCUGGAGAAGGUAGAAGAGAUGGUAGCAGGAAACACAAACUGUCUCUAUGAGAUGGACAGACAGAGACUGGAGAAAGUGAAGGAGAGGAGGAGGAAUGAAGAACAGAGAGCAACAGAGAGACUGAUGAAGGUGGAGAAGCAAAGACAGCACCUCCAGUCACUGAAGGGGAACUCAUCCCCACUGUCACAGUUCAGAGUUGUGCUGCUGGGACACAGAGCAUCUGGGAAGAGUUCAUCAGGAAACACCAUCCUGGGCAGAGACGAGUUUGACCUGAAGAGAAGAACAGCUCAGUGUGUGAAGAGACAGGGAGAAGUAGCAGGCAGACAGGUCACUGUAGUAAAGGCUCCAGGAUGGUAUAGGUAUCACAACCUCAAAGACACUCAUGAGCUCACUAAACAGGAGAUUGUGCUCAGUGUGUCUCAGUGUCAUCCAGGACCUCACAUUCUCUUACUACUUGUACAAGUAGCUGAUUCUUACACGCAGGAUGACUUAAGAAACAUCCAUGAACAUCUGGAGUUUCUCAGUGACAGAGUCUGGAGUCACACCAUGGUGCUGUUUACCCGUGGAGACUGGCUGGGAGACACAUCCAUUGAGCAGUACAUAGAGAGUGAAGAACACCUCAGAUGUCUGGUAGAGAAAUGUGGGAACAGAUACCAUGUUCUCAACAAUGAGGAUAAAAGUGACACAACACAGAUCUCAGAGCUGAUGGAGAAGAUGGAGGAAGUUAUUGCUGGAAACGGAGGCCGUCACUAUGAGAUGAACAGAAAGAGACUGGAGGAAGUAAAGGAGAGGAGGGAGAGAGCAACAGAGAGACUGAUGAAGGUGGAGAGACAAAGACAACACCUCCAGUCAUUGAAGGCAGCAAACUCAUCUCUGCAGUCAGAGUUCAGAGUUGUGUUGCUGGGACACAGUACAUCUGGGAAGAGUUCAUCAGGAAACACCAUCCUGGGCAGAGAGGAGUUUGACCUGAAGAGGACCACAUGUUGUCCUACUUGUCAUAGAUAUUGA